AUGGCGGAUGAGGAGGCCGAGCAGGACUCUUGUCCUGUGGACAGUAUUCGUGAAACGACCGUGGAACUCAGGAAACGGUUGGAAGACUUACAAGCUGCGCUGAGAGACGGUACCGGUUCUGCAGUCCAGUCCUCCUCGGAGUACUGCCAGCAGUUCUGCACGUUGGCACAGGAGAAACUUAAGGAGAAUGGACUUCUCCAGCUUUCUUUCCUGUGCACUCUGGGUCAUUACGACGGGGUUUGGACCAAUGAGGUCCUGCAGGGCCUUCUGCUCAACCAAAACCUUCCAUCAGAACAAGUGGAGGAGUUCCUGCUGCAGGAGGGGCCGGUCCUGCUGCAGAUGAGAGUCAAGCAGCUGAUGAAGGACAAACAAAUGGACAAGGCGGCUUCUCUGUCGAAGACCUGCUGGAAGUCUUCUGGCCUGCAGGGGAAGGACGCUUUCAAGCAGAUGUACCUGGUGUGCCUGUGUGCCACCUCAGAACAGGAUGAGCUCAUGGAGAAGCUUUCUAAGGAGGACUGUCGUGAUGCUCUGGAGAUGAUCUGUAACCUGGACUCGGAUGGAGAUGACCAAGCAGCGUUCACUUUAUGUUCUGCCUUUCUGACCCGGCAGAUUCUUCAUGGAGACACAUAUUGUGCUUG